CCAAUAACCAAGAUCAUUCAACAAUGCCUUCCCUUCCCUGGCUACAUCCUUACUACACUCUGAACUGCGUAAGAUACCCUGCCUGCAGCGUGUGAAGAAGCAGGGUCGCUCCCCUGAUCUAGCUCAGACCAGAGGGAUAGGGUGAGCAAACAACGCAUCGCACAGUUCCUGCCAGCUGCAGCCAAGGCAAGGAUGGACAAGCUCUUCUUCUGGGGCAUUCUUCUGGCCUCCUCUGUCCACUUCCAUGCAGUGUCUGUGGAGCAAGAUGCUGCACCCUCGUGCCCACCUCAGUGCCACUGUGAAGAAGAUGGCAUCAUGCUCUCGGUGGAUUGCUCUGAGCUGGGGAUUUCAGAAGUCCCUGGCAACCUGAGCCCUCUAACAGCUUACCUAGAUCUGAGCAUGAACAACAUUAGCAGGCUGCAGCCCAGGACUCUCCACCACCUGCGCUUCCUGGAGGAGCUACGCCUCUCUGGAAAUCAGAUCUCCAGGAUCCCAGGGGAAGCUUUUUCUGGCCUCUACACGCUGCAGGCCAUGACCCUGGCUCUCAAUCAGAUCUGGCACAUUCCCGAUUACGCCUUCCAGAACCUCAGUAGCCUCGUGGUGCUGCACCUGCACAACAACCGGAUCCAAAGCCUGGGUGCCAAUGGCUUUGAUGGGCUGCACAGCUUGGAAACUUUGGAUCUAAACUACAAUGAGCUGUUGGAAUUCCCUGGGGCUAUUAGGACUCUGGGUCGACUACAGGAACUCGGUUUUCAUAACAACAACAUCAAAGCUAUUCCAGAGAAUGCAUUUGUUGGGAAUCCCCUCCUCCAAACAAUCCAUUUUUAUGACAAUCCCAUCCAGUUUGUUGGACAAUCCGCUUUUCAGUACUUGCCAAAGCUACACACUCUGUCACUCAAUGGUGCAACAGACAUCAGAGAAUUCCCAGACCUUAAAGGAACCACCAGCCUAGAAGUUUUGACUUUGACCCGAGCAGGUAUCCAUUUACUUCCCAGAGGGAUGUGCCAGCAGCUGCCUAGCCUCCGCAUCCUAGAACUCUCUCACAACCAAAUUGAAGAGCUACCUAGUUUCCACUGGUGUCAGCGGCUGGAAGAACUUGGUCUCCAGCACAAUAAGAUCCAUGAAAUCAGAGCAGAUACCUUUGGGCAGCUAAUGGCCCUGCGCUCCAUAGACUUGAGUUGGAAUUACAUCCAAUUUAUUCAUCCUGAAGCCUUUGUGAUGCUGCACUCACUCAUCAAGCUGGACUUGACUGAUAACCAGCUGGUCACACUGCCUCUGGACGGUUUGGGUGGACUGACCCAUCUGAAGCUCCAAGGCAAUCUGGCUCUCUCUGAGCCCUUCUCCAAGGAGAGCUUCCCCAAACUGAGAGUCCUUGAGGUACCUUAUGCUUACCAGUGCUGUGCUUAUGGAAGCUGCAGCAGCUUCUUCAAGGUGUCCAACCAAUGGGAGGCAGAAGAUACGAGCCCUGAGGAGGAGGAUCCCCAUAAGAGGACCAUGGAAUUGUUUCCAGCUACAGAGAGAAGAGAUGCAGAUGACCUCCACCUGGAUCUUGAGGAAUCAAAGCUGCACCCCACUAUACAGUGCACACCCAGCCCAGGUCCCUUCAAGCCUUGUGAUCAUUUGUUUGAGAGCUGGAUCAUCCGCCUGGGAGUGUGGGUCAUCGUUCUGGUGUCAGUGCUCUGCAAUGGGCUGGUCAUUUUGGCUGUCUUUGCCUCUCCCAGCUACCUCUCCCCAGUUAAGUUUGUCAUCGGCUCCAUAGCUGGAGCCAACAUGCUGACUGGAGUUUACUGCAGCAUGCUGGCUCUUGUUGAUUCCCUGACCUAUGGCCAGUUUGCUAAUUAUGGUGCCAGGUGGGAGACUGGCAUAGGCUGCAAGGUGACAGGGUUCCUGUCUGUGUUUGCCUCGGAGGCUGCCAUCUUUCUACUGACUCUGGCUGCUGUGCAGUGCAGCAUUUCAGUCUCCUGUGUUCGGGGGUAUGGGAAGCUACCCUCCUUAGGCAAGGUCAAGGCCGCUGCCCUUUGCUGCCUGUUGCUGUCCUCUGCUGCUGCAGCUCUGCCUCUCUUCUCCAUUGGGGAAUAUGGAGCAUCCCCUCUCUGCCUCCCAUAUCCCAUCCCGGAUGGGAAACCUGCCACCUUGGGCUUCACUGUGGCCUUAGUGAUGACAAACAUGCUCUGCUUCCUGACUAUCACAGGCACCUACAUCCGGCUCUACUGCAACCUGCUGAAAGGAGAGUUCAGCGCUGUCUGGGACUGUGCCAUGGUCAAGCAUGUGGCCUGGCUGAUCUUCACCAACUGCCUCCUCUACUGCCCAGUGGCCUUCCUCACCUUCUCCUCCAUGCUCAACCUUUUCCUCAUCACCCCAGAGGUCAUCAAAUCCAUCCUCCUUGUGGUCCUGCCCUUGCCUGCCUGCCUGAACCCCCUGCUCUACCUGCUGUUCAACCCCCACUUCAGAGAUGAUCUCCGCCUGCUGAGGCAGAAAGGCCAGGACAAGGGAAGCUACCCCCAGUCCUGUAGGGUUGAUGACAUCGAGAAAAGCUCCUAUGACUCCACCCAGGCUCUCGUGAGCUUCUCUGACAUCGACCACAUAUUCGAGACGCCUGACUCCCUGGUAGUGCACCCCAUCCUUGACAGCUACAGCUUUCCCUCCAUGACACUGGUCCCCUGCCAGCAAAGGGUGGGCACCAGGGGGAAGGAGAGGGGGUACUCUGAGUAUUGCCCCUGCCUAACUGACAGUGAGGUGCUGGUCACUUCAGAAAGCCAAGAUCCAGCCAGCAGCAGCCUCCAGAUAACCUUCUUCUCCUCCCCGCCCACACCACCCUACACAUCUCACUUACAAACCUCCUCUGAGUAG